CAUUAAAGGGAGUACUUUAGUCAAUGAUAACGAGGAUUAUAGUGAAUAUAGCCUACACGACUGACUCGUUGACCUGAUAAAUAAGAUGCUGAUUAAAAUAACAGUUGGGCCGAAACUGCGAAUCAGCUCGAACUAUUCACAGAAGUAGCUUUUAAAGUGGGAUUAAAAACACCUAAUCGAGCCAAUAAUUAUCCACAUUAUUGAUUAUAGGCUGCGUACCUCUUGUCGUUUUGUAAAUAAAAUACGUAUACGCGCGAAUUUGAAGUUGGGACUAUUACAAGACAAAUAGUUAUAAAAUUCAUGUCAAAAUAUUAAAAAGUUCAAAUUUAGGCCGGUAAUACCUAUAACUCCCACAAGGGGGCGUUAUUUAACUGAUUGUCUUACUAACAUAAGGUAAUAACGUUUCGCACAUUUACAUGUUUUUUUAAUUGUUUUAUAUCAUUUAAACGGUGUACAGCACGUUGUUUUGUAUAAGCGAGGUUUCAUAACAUAUAGGCUUUCAGCCUUGUAUUUGUCAUGAAAGCGAGUUGUCGCGUUUAUGGUUGCAGUUCAUUCAAAUAUCUGAAGAUGGCAUAGUUUUUCUUAGUUUUACGCUACCUCUUCAAUUCUAUUUAGCUGUUCCACUUGUCCAGCCAAGGCCCCGUACUUAAUGACUGAUUCAAAUUCAUGAGUCUGUUAUUACUGUAAACGUAGAGCUGGAAAAGUGUAUGCCAAAUUGCCAUGGAUGUUUAAUUCAUCUCAUGAAAUAUUGAGUGCAUUUCCUCCAUUGUCUUGUACCCCAGUCAAAGUCAUUACUGGUUGAGGUAUUAAUUAAUAAUGAAUUUGUUUCUGUAUUUUCUUCUCAUUGUGUUUCUACUUUAUACAACUAAAAGAAUGUUGUGCAGUCCAGGUGUUCAUGCAUAUGUAUUCAUUACUACAUAGCACUUGUGUUUGUGUUUGCUUGUGCUUGUAUUUGCAUUUGUGUGUGUGUGUGUGUGUGUGUGUGUGUGUGUGUGAGAGAGAGAGAGAGAGAGAGGGGGUAUAGCAAUAUUAGCACGCGGCGCCUGGAUGUCCUUGCUAGAUUUGUAAUAAGCAGACUGCAUGUAUUAUUCAGGGCUGUGUGGACAGGUCCCACUCUGCUCCAUGCUUUCUCGUCCUGGCCUGUCCCCCAGGGACUGCAUGCCUAAAUUACUAUUUCUAUUUGAUAUAUUCUCAUAGCCCAGCCCUUAAAAUGCAUAGGAAAAGAAUGGUGUGUUGUGUGGGGGUCACUAUGUGGCGGUCACUCUGUAGAUGUCAGAGGUGGACUAGUGGAUACAGAUUUCUGCAUUAUUUUCCCGUGUCACCUUUCUUCGAGUACGCUGAUCUGAAUAUGUCAAAAAAAGAAGAUUCUGCUUAAUUGAAUUGUGCCCACAACUUAUUUUAUUAUUGAAUCUUCCUGAAUAAUAAAUCCCAUGUUGUCCAGUAGCAGACAAGGUGAAAUGGUUGGUGGCUGUUUUUAAUUUGAUAUUAUUUUUUAUCUGCUUUCCAUAACUGGGUCAGUAAAGAGCGUCCACUCAAGGAAAAGGAAAACUCUUUUUAAAAUCUACACGUGGUCUCGCCAAGUUAUUUCUAUUUCAUUGAAUGAUUUGCAUUUUUAAUGCUUUUUACAUUUUUACACAUCGCAGAUAUUCGUUGGGGACAUUUAUUGACCAAGUUGUGUUUGUAAAAUAAUAUUAUUUAAAAUAAUAAAUCAGGUUACUUUUUGGCUCAAAAGAAACAAUUAUUGUCGACUCUUUCAUGUGUUCAGGCAGCCCUGAAAAAAGAUAUGGCUUCUUUUCAAGUAAACAUGUUUUAGAGCCUGGAGUAGUUUCAUUGGUUUCUCUCCAGAUGCUGUUUCAUGGCCAGAGCUGUGAGCUAAUUACACCUUUGUUGCUAAUGUUCCUGCCAAUAAACACUGUAACUGAGGUCAAUAGUUUAGCCGAGCCUUUUUUUCUCCAUUUAUUUGGCCUGUUAAUGAUAGGAUAUCAGAUUCCGAUCUCUUUUUCCUGUUGUGGCCCCUCUUCGCUCCCCUGCUCCCUGCCAUAGCCUGAAGGAGUGUGGAGCUGAGGCGAGCAUCUGGGCAAGCCUGCUGAAUGGGGCCCUUUCUUGCCGAAGCCUGCGGUCCGGCGAACACACAGCAACACACGCGCGCGCUGGCCUAGAGAGAACGGCUCCUAUCAUAACAACGCUUGGAAGCUCGCUUUUCACAUCUCCUCCUUCUUUCCUCGCUAAACUCACACCCUUCCUUUUCUGUCAUCUCCUCCUGUUCUGUUCUCACCUUUCACCCUCCCGCUCUCUCCCCCCGGUUCAGCGGUUAAAAAACCUUUCGGGUUUUGGACUGUGUAAAUAAAACGGCGAAGAUCUCUCGGCCAGAAAGAUUUAUUGAAAUCCGAAGAGGCACGGUGGUCCAGGAGUCUGCCGAAGAGGUCAGAUAGAUGAAAAUGACGAGAUCAUAAAAUGCGGACAAUGCUUUGGAAAGGAAAAAAAGCCUGGAUUCAUUUGGUUGGGGGUGGGGGCCACGUUCCGCAUGCAGUGGGCAGCUGAACUAUUGUCUCAGGUUCGAAUGAUCUCGCAAAUGAACAGACUCGUGAAGCCCUGCCCCUAACUGAAGAGCCGGUGCAUCCCAAGGUCACAUCUUAGGGAUAGAAAUGAAAUGAAUUGGAGUAGAAGGACCUCUUAUAGCCUGUUCAGAUCAAGAACGAUGACUAAAUGCUUACUAUAUUAGCGCCCACACUAAAGCAUCUUUAAAAGCUCUAUAAACGGGAAGCAUUUACAGUAGUUUCUGUUGCAGUUACAGAGGACUCCUUAUCGUUAUCGUCCUUGGUUUAAAAAAAGCAUUUCAUUUUUUAAACAAAACUCACUUGUAAUAUCAUCCAAGGUCGGUCAUGUCUUUCAGAUUUUUCCUCUAGUUGUGAGAGAAGACACUGCACACCCUUUUGAGCUGAAAUCCUGUUAACCCAUGACCCAUCACUUGACCCAGUGAAGUGUUGGAGGGGACUGAAAUCAAGAGUGAAACAAUGAAACACUAAGAGUCACAGUCUUUUGCUUAAGUGGGUGAAGGUCUGUGAUCAAGGACAUUGAAGCAGAUCUCUGCCGCCUUACCUGUCAGGCUUCCUGCUUGCUCCUCUACCUCUCACCUAUUCCACUUGCGGGGCCAUUAAGCUAUCACGGACUAGGCUUGGGGGAAAUGAAACAUUGUCCAGAGCUGAAGGAUUCCUGCGUGCUGAGGGGAGGACAGGCGGAGGGAGGGCUGUGUGAUAGGAUGAUGAGGGGCAGACGUGGGGAAAGCGUACUAUCAAAGCUGAAGGAAUGCAGAAGUAGACUGAUGCAGUCUGGAGUUCAGUCUGUCCUCUAAACACCUAAUUACAACCAACAGACCAGAGACAGAAAGACACUCUCCAUACGAUGACCUCCACACGGCAGUUUGGACAACAUUGCUGGAAACUCUCCCAUCGGGAAGGAAAAUCAGUAACGAGAGACCUUUUAAUAUCGCUGUUGUUUCUUAACAAAGAGAUAACUAGUGAAUCAUCUGUCAUCAGUUCACUCACUAUUCUUUGCUUUUAUUUUGAUGAGAUAUUCUGAUAUUAGUUUUUCUUGUUAUAAAUAGUAAUGCGUAAGGUUUAGAGGCCAGCAUAACCUCGUAAUAAACUCAUCUGAGCUGCUCUCCAUACGAGGACAAAAUGUCCUUGAGAGAAAAUGGUAAACUGUAAAAUUAUUUUGCUCUUUUCAGGUAUGCAGUGGGACGUGACUGAACAAUUACUUUGAAGAGUUUAAAGGGUUGGUUCACCCAAAAAUGAAAGCACUGUCAUUAAUUACUGUCCCUCAUGUCGUUCCAACCUGUAAGACCUUUGUUUAUCUUCUCAACUACCACUUUUAAGGCUGAGAAUGGCAGUAAGGAUAUCAUUAAAAUAGUCCAUAUGACAUCACAGGCUCAGCCUAAUUUUAUGAAGCUAUGCAAAUAAUUUCUGUGUAGGCAAAACAAAAAUAAUGACUUAUGUCGGGCUCACACUGUGUGGGUUUUUUAACAUUUUUCUCAGACGGCCAAAUUUCUGUCAGUCUACAUUGUGGUAUUCUCGUUAACAAACAAUUACAAAAAUAUAAAUCAAAAGACUGACAGGAAAGAGAAGACAGUGAAGUUGAAUAAAUGCAUUAUUUUUAUUUUAUCUGAGUUUCAUAAAAUGUAGGUUUAACCACUGAUGUCACAUGGACCGUUUUAACAAUAUCUUUACUAACUUUUUGGGACUUGUGUUUCUGUCUGUACAGGGUUAGAAACCACUCAGAUUUCACCAAGAAUAUCUUCAUUUGUGUUCACAAGAUCAAGGUCUACGGGUUUGGAAACACAUGAGGGAAAGAAGAGGGCACAGAAUUAUUGGCAGAAGAAGGGUUAACUGAAUCAGGAAAUGCCACAAGCUGCUCUCAAACAUGAAACACUUUUUUUACAGUCCCAAUGCGAGUUCAGGCCAGCGAUGGACUACAGCCGUACAGACGCUAACCUGGGUUUCCCUGCAGAACUGUUGCCGUAAUCGAGACCAGAUCCGCAGAAUGCUGAGUCCCAUUGUUCCCUAUAGCCUAUUGAAGAUGCACUGGAACCCGGAGCAUGCACAGCCCCUGAGCCAGUGGCCUGAGCAGCAUUUGGACGUGUCCUCCACCACCUCAUCCCCUGCCCACAAGUCAGAGCUCUACCCCAGCCGCAGCCGUAGCUCUUACAGCUACGCCUGGGCAAAUGAUGACAUCUCAGCCCUUACUGCCUCCAACCUGCUGAAGCGCUAUGCUGAGAAAUACUCUGGCAUGCUAGACUCACCAUACGAACGCCCUGCUGUGGGCACAUACCCUGAACCUGGAGCCUUUGGGGCUCUUAACGGAGGCCAGAAAAGUGAACUGGAACCUUGGCCUCUAACGCACAGCACUGAUGGGGGGUAUCCCUUGGUGCCUCCUUCUUCUCAUGAUGGUCUGUCGGGACCAAAGGUGGUUCCAACAUCAGCAGGGCCACCAGGUUCAGGCAAUGUGUCAGCAGUUAACAGCAACCUUUCGGACUCGGGAUACAGUGGGAGCAGCUCCUGCAGUGGGCCCCAUUCCAGUGACUACCCACCCAGUUACAAUGGCACCUACCUCUCAUCAGGGUACUGCCCCCAACCCACUUCAGCACUUCCACCAGCCUCAUUGCAUGCCCUUCAGCCUAGCCCCACACUUCUCCCCAGUUACACACCUUCUACCCCCGUUUACAACUACCCCCCUAGCACCUACCCUCACCAGACUAGCCUUGCUCCUAGCUACACCCAUCCAACAGGCCCUUACAUCCCCUCGGGCAUAGCCCCCUCUCCACUUCCGUCAAGACCCACAGUGGUUGGUGGCAGCUAUGGCUAUCAGAACAGCAGUCUAGGGGGCUCAGAGCCUGGUGGUUCUCUGAAGAGAAAAGCAUUUGAGAUGACCCUAGGUGAGGAAGAAGGAGACAAUUCACGCUAUAGGAAAUAUAGUUAUGACCCCAUAAAAGCUGGGGGAGAUUCUCCAUAUGGGGUCACUGAUAAAGCUGAGUGCCGUGGAAAUGGCUUUGGAACGGGCAACACAGAUCCUCAAUCCUUUAAGCCUAGUAAACCUUCAUCUCAGUCGAGCCUGGAAGGUGAUGAAGUGGGGAAGUACAGUGGGCUAAAGCCCUUGGUUUCACCAACGUAUGGAGCAGCAGGGGACUACAGUCCCCCCGCAGCCAUGACAGGGGAGAAUGGAGGAGCGGAGCAAGGCUUCUCCCAGCAUCGGUCUCAAAAACGCUCAGAUUCCAUGAAAAGCAUGGAACCCCAAAUGCUGGAGCUGGUGAGCCAGGAGCUGCAAGAUUGCAGUCCUGCUUUGCUUUGGAGUGAACUGGCUGGGAACUGUCACAUUAAAGCAGCGCUGGAGGAGGACCUGCUGUGGCCUGUUCUGCGACCCAACCCUGCCAUCCGCCCACCCAGAACCGUCCUGCUGUUUGGUCCUCAAGGAGGGGGCAAAACCACACUGGUACGAUCCAUGGCAUCUCAAAUGGGUGCUACCUUCUAUAGGCUGAGUUGUGCAACUCUGGCCUCUAAAUUGAAAGGAGAUGCAGAGCAACUUCUUGCCACUCUGUUCUCGGUGGCAACAGCCCGACAGCCUGCAGUGGUGCUGCUCAGUGAGGUGGAGGCUGUCGAGGAAGAAGGUCUCAGACAGCAACUGCAGGCCCAGCUAGAGAAGAUUCAACAUGGUCAGAACAACAUGGUUCUGGUUGUGUGCACCACUAGACGGCCUGAUUUGAUCAAAGAUCCCCUUAUGCGCUGCUUCUCCAAGCGUUACCACAUAGGCCUGCCGGAUGGAAACACACGUAGACAUGUGCUUCUGCAGGCGCUGGCACCCCAAGGCUGCAGUCUGGGCGAAAGAGAGAUGUCUGCAGUACUGCAGCGUUCAGAAGGCUUCUCCGUCUGGGAGCUGCUGCAGCUCUGCCAGCAGGCUCUGGCAUCAGCUUCUGCCUCUGCACCCGUGCCCUUGCACGGCCUCCCUUCAUCCCUUUCUUCCCCUACCUUCCAAGACUUUGAAAAUGCUUUCUGCAAGGUACGCCCUCACAGCACCCCCAAAGAACUGGACACUUGUAUGGAGUGGAGCAAGGUUUAUAGCCACUGAGAACCUAGUCAGCCACUGAUUGGGGACUGCUAAAUGUUUUUCUUUUCUUUUUUUAACUACUUGUUGCAGCCAAAAGAGUGGGACUUGAUAUUACAGUUUAUGGUGGGGAGGCAUUUUGGAUUGAAUGCAUUUAAUCUAGGGAACAUGCCAUGGUGUGUUGUUUUUCUAUAAAUAUACAUAUACUUUAUUUUUUCCCAAAGAAAUGAAAUAUUAGGCCUUUCUUGAAGGGGCAUUUAUUAGUUGCUUGGCAUAUCUGAUAGAAAGUCUGAAUUAUAUUUUGGAAUUUCACUGGAAUUCCAAUUAGCCUUGAUCCUGGACUAAACCUGGAGGUUAUAGAUAACUUGACUUUUCCUGAAAAAUACCCCCAUUAAUUACAACUCUCAGGAUCCUAUUUAUUGCCAGUCCACUCCAGUGGUGUCGUUUUAUUUGUGUUGAUUUACUUUAAAGAUCAUUUGGUGUUAAAGGGCUUAGGAUAUAUCAAAACUACUUUGUACCAAAAAUGCUCACCAACAUUAUAAUGUCCAAGUCACAGCAUUCACCAAAAUGUAUUUACUGUUAUGCAACUUCUUAGGGAAGAAAGCAACAGUAUUUUACAAAGUUGAUUGUUAGGCCUCGGUCAAAUCUUGUGCACUUUGUCAAAAUGGUCAUUUUACCAAAAGAGUAUGCAUUGCUACCCAAAAAGUAUUAAAAUGCUAAUCCAUAGAAUCUCAGAUAUUAGAAAGACAGACUCUUACUUUUGGUACACUUCUUUCAGAACACUUUGUUGAAGAUGAUACAAAUUGUCCCAAAUACAAAAACCCAUCACAUUCCUCACAAUCUUGUGAGAGCCUUUGCUCAAGACCCUCGAACACAAAAACAAGCAAGGGUCCGUGAAUGACUAUUUUCUCUCUUCUGCUUUACUCAGUUGAUUUUAUUAGUAUAUGUAGUCUUGUUUGAAAUACUCAGGAAGAAUUUCUUUACCUCAGAAAUGAUAAAUAAAGAAUGUAUGUAAUCUUAGGGUCUUAGUAGUGAGCAUUGAGGUUGGAGGUGAGCAACAGACCUGACACAGACCUGUAUACACACUGCAUCUGUGCUGUUACCUCUUAGGUGAAACUUGAAAAUGCUACAAAGACAAACAAUGAAUGUAAUUCAGGUAUUUCAGAGAAUAUCUGAUGCCAUAAAUCCAUGUUUUUAACUCUCUGUGAAAACAUUUUCCCUUAUCCUUACCCUUUAUUUUUGAUGUAGAUUUUUGAUGGAGUGAUGAUUGUCUUCAUGAAGUGUUAUUGUAGAUGGCAAACAAGACUUUUGAUUUUGUUGGACAAACUGUUUUCAGAAACCAAGUUGCAAAGCAUAUGUCAGUGCCCUUUUAAAACAACCAGUGUAAGUACUUGAGGAGCAAAAAAAAAAGAAACAUCCCAAAGAUCAGAAUAAGAAUGUUUAUAUAUAUAUUUAUAUAUAAUUGGCAGCUAAUCAUGUCUAAUCAUAAAUUGUGUUAUACCAUCAUGUGUAAUGUAUAAAAAUUGUUAACACGCUCAUCACGUAGACAAUCCAGCCUCUACCAUUGUUUAAUUAUUUUUUUUUUAAUUUAGCUUUUUUGGUUUAUAAAGUACAUAAAAGUUACAUGGAGUGAUCAGAUGUCUUUAAAUCACCACUGCUGAAGAAACUGAGAUUAUUAUGGUUUUUUUUAUAAUGCCUGUAGAUUGGCUUUUGUGGAUUGCUGAAUUUUGAUCAAUUGUGAUGUAACAGCUGCUGAUCACUCCUUUACCCCCAGCGCACCCCAUGCUCUUAGCACAAUGGUUUGUCCCCUUGGUUGCUGGCCCUGUACAGCCAUGUGGUGAGCUGAUUUCCCAUCCCCCGUUCCUCUAUCUUACACACAGCCUUUUGGAGAAGCCAUAUUCUGACUGAUGUCUAGUAACACUAUAGCACUGUUCGGCUCUUCAAGUACAGCUGGUGGCUUCACUCAUGCCACACAGGUCAAUCAGAAUGACCCUAGGAGCACAUAUUGAUCAGUGCCGCAGAGGCAAAAACCUACAGAACCUGGCAGACUCAGGGACAUCCAACAUGCACAAAUACAUCAUGUAGCGUAGGAAAAUUCAGCACCAAUUUCAUUUAUUCAAACUGAGAUACAUCAUUUUAUUAAGAUAUCAUGGGCAAAUACAGAUAUUUUGCUGAUUACAAAACAGGAACAGAAACAUGCUGAGCAGUUUGUCCAACAAAAUUGUCAUUAAUUAGCUGUUUUAAAUCUAUUAGUACAGUAACUUUGUUCUUGGAUCUUGUUCUUGUACAUUUUCUGUAACCAUUUCUACCUCAUUUUUGCAGCAUAUUGUACAUGAAAAUAUUUAUUUCAUGUCUUUUUUUGAUGUCUGUUAUAAAAAUGAUAAUGUUCUUGAACUGUAAUGGUCUACCUCAGAAAAGACUGUAUUUUAAGAAAAAAAAGUAUUACACAAUAUUAAAGAGAAUAUGUCAAAAAACUUCUAUGACUCGUCCCUCUGUACAUGUCAAGCGUUAGAUUGUGAAGGUAAAUUGCCUUCACUUUACAUAAUUUAAAAAUAUCACACCAAGUGAUAUUUCAUAACUAAGAUUUGUUGAAUAUUGAGAGUCAUGUACUCUACACUGUCAAAACAAAUGCUGUCACUGAAACUCAGCCUUUUCAAGUGGACACUUUUGUACCUUUUAGAUACCAGUACAGACCCUUUAGGUACAAAGGUGUACCUUUUUUUUUUAAAAGUGACAGCUUUUGUACCUUUUUUUCUGAGAGUGCACAUAUAAAAAAGUGAAUGCUUGCUUGCAGCUUUCACAUAAAAGAGUUAGGCUAGUUCAACAAAUGAAAAGGAUCAUACUUUGUUACUUAAUUUCAAUCAAUGUUUAACAUUUAAACACUGCCCAAUGAUCAGGAGUGGCUUCAGGGUUUAGUGUCAAAUAACAAUACUCUGUGGUAAAGGGUUCAGUAUAGUAGAAAAGCUAGAUAAUUAAUCUUAUGGCUGCAUGAAAUGUAGUCCAUACAGCUAAUGAUAAUUGACUUAAUUACUUAAGUGUGAUUGCAAUCGUGUAUUAAACUAUAGGAUAUGCAUCAAAACAUUGACCUUCAACAUAACCCUCAUUAAGUCCAAUGUAUUUUUAUAGUAUGGAGAUUAAUCUCAUAUUUAAUGUAAAGUGCUGAUGGAUGCUGGUGAUUAAGUGUCUGAUUAAGAUGAAUAAUGCAGGGUUAUUCACAGUCCUUGCCCUCCAGUCUCUAUCUAAAAGAUAAUUAAUCUCCAGCUACCAGUAGAAUAAACUAACAUCCUUCAGUUCAUGCAUUCAAUAACACACUCACCUUGCGGUGGCGCUAAGGGUUAAUAAUACAAAUAAUUACCUUUCUCCUGAAACUAAAUCUUGUGUAUCUUUUAAUGAUAUUUAUACUUAUUAUGAUGUAAUAUUUGAACAGCUUAUUGAAUAUCUAAAUGCACUGCUUUUUAUUUACUUUUAAAUUAUGAGCUAUAACUACACAUCAAUUUUAUUAAAUAAUGUUAAUUACCACCAAACUUUCAUUCACUAAGGAGUUAAAUGAAGCGUUAUUUUUUUAAAGCUUCUGUUUGGUUAUCCAGUGUCCAGUGUAUCCAGUAAACUUUUUUUUACAUAUCGAUGCACAAUUUUUUAAAUAGUUUUAUUUAAUGCUAUACAGAGUAUUUAAAAAUGCGAGUGUAUAACAUGUUUCAUGUUGAGGAUAUUUGAAAAUUUACUUGAGCAAGCAAAAAUUCCUCAUCAAUCCCCAUCUCUCUUCCACCAUAACCAUCACCAUAGCAACCAUCCGUGCUGGUGCACUCUGAGUGAUGUGACCUGGUCAGCUUGAAUUUGACCUCUCUGACGCCAGAGCUAGAGCAGAAUCUAAAUUGCAGAAUGAUAAAGUGCUCAGAUUCAGCAUUUGGGAAAAGCAAAAAAUGAUUACUGUUAAGUUUAGCAUGUAACAAACUGUUAAGAUAGCCAAUAAACGCAUUUAUAAUGUGCUAAUACACAAAGGUGCAUGUGUAUAAAAAUAUAAUGAAAUACCUCAGUUUGUAAUGUAAAACCCCUUAGUAUAUAAUAUCAAUCUAAGUUAUAUAUAAUGUUCUAUUAUAUUUAGUUUAGUAUUAUCAAACUAUACAGCAUAUAUUAUAUAUAACUUAUGUACUCAUACACAACACACAUUACAUAUUUAAGUUGCAGUUCAAUGAAUAUGGGCUUAAAAUGCUUUAAUUUGAGGGUAUUCUCAUCAAAAUUGGAGGACAAAUUUAGGUAUUACAGCUCUUUAAUAUGUAUCCUACCCCUUUUUUAAGGGACCAUAAGUAGUUGGACAAUUUACUAUAAAGCUGUUUCAUGGAAAGGCGUGGGCUACUCUUUUGUUUUUUUUCUACAUCAGGAAAAAGGCCUGGAUUUGAUUCCAAGUCAUGAUUCCACACCACGCAGUCAAAAGGAUCUCUCCAUACACACGACAGAGGCAAUUGUUAGGCUUCAAGUUUGGUACAGCUCACCAGUGCU